UCCCCAUCGCGACAUGUACGACGCCCACUUCGUCUGGAGCUGUCGGGUCCGCUUGGCAACGAGGCACUAUGACACUGACGGAUAGGUGCUGGUGGUCUGCCUGUCUGCCUGCCCUGCCACCUGUCACGCACUUCUUUCGGACAGUUCCCAGAUUGACGGGUCGGCUGAUGCUCGGACCCGGGGCGUCUAUUUGUAUGAGUUCACUAGUUGCAUGUAUUAUAGGCUUAUAGACUACAUGGACAUGAUCUGCUUGGGGGAUUGACGGGCUCAAAACAUGCGACACAGCGCCCUGGAUCACGGAACUGUUUCGAAUUAUAGGUCUGAUUACCCUUUUAUUUAUUUAUUUUUUUUUCUGCUCACAUCUGAUUUCUCUCAUGAGUUGUGAUCUAGGCUACUAGCUAGGAUUCGACGCUUUGACUGACUGACUGACGUGCCAAGGAACUUACGGAGUAUGAUCUCCGUUUUUAUUCAAUGUUGCUCAAGAAUUGGGAUCCCACCCACUAAGAUAGGGGAAGAUUGCAGAGUCAAGUAGCGUGGUGUUGGUAAGGGCAAGGGGCUUGGUUGAUAAGGACGUUAUAGUUGAACUAGACUGGGUUACUGGUUAGUUGUAUCCCGCUAUUAAAGCUUUUAUCUGAUGAAGGUUGUUAAGUAGGUAACGCUAGCAGCCUC